AUGUUGGUGUGGAGCAAUGGAAGCUCCAAUACAUCCUACACCAGCUUCUUCCUGGUGGGCUUCCCAGGGUUGCGAGAGUCCCGUGCCUUCCUGGUGCUGCCCUUCCUCAGCCUCUACCUGGUGAUCAUCUCCGCCAACACCCUGGUCAUCCACACAGUGGUGGCCCAGCGCAGCCUGCACCAGCCCAUGUACCUGCUCAUUGCCCUGCUCCUGGCUGUCAACCUCUGUGCUGCCUCCACUGUGGUGCCCGCCAUGCUCUUGAGCUUCUCCCCACACUUCAAUCGCAUCUCCCUGCCUCGCUGCCUGGUCCAGAUGUUCUGCAUCUACUUCCUCAUUGUCUUUGAUUGCAACAUCCUCCUGGUCAUGGCCCUGGAUCGCUAUGUCGCCAUCUGCUACCCUCUCCGCUACUCAGAGAUAGUGACAGGCCAGCUACUGGCUGGCCUGCUGGGGUUGGCAGCUGCCAGGAGCACAUGUAUUGUUGCUCCGGUGGUUUUUCUGGCCUCCUGGGUUCGCUUCUGCCGCUCAGACGUGAUCCACCACUUUGCCUGUGAGCACAUGGCCCUAAUGAAGCUCUCCUGUGGGGACAUUUCCCUGAACAAGACUGUGGGGCUUACCGUUCGCAUCUUCAACAGAGUCCUAGACAUGCUCCUACUAGGAGCCUCCUACUCCCGUAUCAUCCAUGCCGCCUUCAGGAUUUCCUCGGGUGGAGCACGUUCCAAGGCACUGAACACCUGUGGCUCUCACCUCCUGGUCAUCUUCACUGUCUACUCCUCAACAAUGUCCUCAUCCAUCGUCUACCGUGUGGCCCGCACUGCUUCCCAGGAUGUGCACAACCUGCUCAGUGCCUUCUACCUGCUGCUUCCGUGUCUGGUCAACCCCAUCAUCUAUGGUGCCAGAACCAAGGAGAUCAGGCAGCACCUGGCAACUCUGUUCCAAAAACCACAGCUGUAG